ACAAUAACCGCAAAAUAAGCAACUCCGGCACAUUCCGUUUGAACAAUACACUUUGUUAGCCACUGGCUAUAUGCAGAUUUUUACUUCACAGUGUUGUCCGAACGUUGAUCAGCUCGUGAGGUGGCCUCAAUCUUACUCUGGCGACAUUCGUUGCUGCGAGGAUUCCGUCUCGGUGUGAGCAGAAUGCUUUCUGCAGCAGCGGCAGAGAGAAAUAAGGAGCCCAUUCUGACCGUUUUACGGGACUGUGUGGAUUCAGACAGACCUCUUAAUGCACUGGAGGUAUCCUCGGGGUCAGGGCAGCAUGUCGUUCACUUUGCCCAGACUUUGCGCAAUGUCACAUGGCAGCCAUCCGACAUUGAUCAGCGGUCGAUUGACAGUAUAGAAGCAUACAGACAGCUUCUGAAACUGGAGAACGUGAAGCCUGCAAUUCGACUGGAUGCCUCCCAGCCGUGGCAGAACUGGAGUGGGAUACAGCCUGAGUCUCACCACCUCAUUGUCAACAUCAACAUGAUACACAUCUCCCCGCUGGUGUGCACAGAGGGUCUGUUCAAAGCUGCUGGAGUAAUUCUGAAACCACAUGGAUUACUUCUGACAUAUGGGCCCUAUUCUGUGAAUGGACUCAUCACCCCAGAGAGCAAUGUUGAAUUUGAUCACAGUCUGAGACAGAGGAACCCAGAAUGGGGCCUGAGAGACAUCUCCUUGCUGAGCUCUCUAGCUGAGAAGAAUGGCAUGUUUCUAGAAAAAGUGAUUGACAUGCCUGCAAACAACAAGUGCCUCCUUUUCCGAAAGGAAAGCCUGGUGUAGAGUCAGAGCUAAGAUGCGCACCUCACCGAAACUCCAGCCCUCCAUCCGAGAUGUGGCUACCUUCUCACACCAUUCAUUCUGUUAGUCAUUUCUGUCACCCAAUCAGAAACUGGUCAACAAAGAUAUUUAAUACAUUAGCAGCUGCAGAGAAUUACUUGCCUGAAAGAUAAGUGCUUGAUAACAUAACUUGAUUGUCAUGCCAUACAUUAUAUCAUACAUACAACAAAUGGUUUUUUGCGUACCUUCUAGCUCUGCCUUUAGCUUUUAUGAUAGCCUCACACCUCCUUGGCAAUCUGUCUGAGAAGGUCUAGGGGCAUUCCUGAUGUAGUGCACAGGCAGUGUUUAUAGCAGUACAGACCUCUUAAGGGUCCCCAGGACUAUGCUCCACUACCUUUGUUGCAGUUUGGUCCCAAGUGACCUUGAUGGAUUUUUUUCGCCUCUUCAUACCAUACCUUCACACUGUCAGCACAAUGACGGUGCCGUUUUGCUGUUGUCCUGUGCCUUCAGAAUUUUCUGACAUCCCUAGCCUCAGGAAUGGCUUCAGAGCAAUUGUGAAGCACAAGUCAUAAAUGCAUCGCUUAGCAUUGGUGUGCAGUUCUGUUUGUGAUGAGUAAUUCAUUUUCACUGCUAGUGUAUUAUUAAGGUAAGUGGUGUGAUCACAGGAACCUCAGCUGGGUGCUUCCUGUUAUCCCUCAGUGCAGCCUCUCCAUGGUAGGUUUCAGUGGCUCACUGUGGCACUUGCACUGCUUCACCAUGCACCACCACCAAUAGACUGCACUCUUCCCUAUGGAGAAAUUAAGAGCUAAAACAUCCAUCUCAUCAUUUAAGACUACCUUAGGUCAACAUAAGCACACACACAUACAUGCACACAUUAUACUAGACCACAAAAAGUUUGGCUUACUAU